AUGAUUGUGGAGCCUGAUGAGGUCUCUGACAUGUAUAGACAAUCGAAAUUUGUUCUUAAGAACCUUCGCUAUUACACAGUCCAUCCAAACUUGGCCCGCUACUAUGAGCCUUUGAAGCCCACGGCACUGCAGAAAUACCUAUAUCAACACAAGAAAAUCCAAAGCUUCUUGUUAAAAGUAGCAGAGUAUGAUCUGGAUAAGACCUUACUGAUUCUGACCAACAAUCCACUUCCCUGUCCCUUUAAUCAACAAGAAGAGGACAGGGCACCCAAAUACUUUUCCAAGGAGUUUCUGCUCCAGGAGAAUGAGACCCAUCAUUGCCCUGAACGUAUCUGCUUACCCCCGAUGCCCUCAAAAAAACAAUUAAGAUCUAGACUGAAAUCUCCUUUCCCAUUGACACUGCUGGAGGACCCCAACCUGGAGCAAUGGUUUAGGUUUUCCACAAGCAAAGAUUUCAAGAGUGAAGGGAAAUAUUCAAAGCUGUAUGCUUUGAGGAAACAGAAACGUAUGUACCCACAGCUUAACUUUUCUCCAGUCUACACCAGAGAUAUGAAGAAGGAUGGGAAACUUUACCUGGAAAGUCCCACGAUGCCAAGGAAGGAGAAGUCGACCAGCCGGAUGCGCUGGGAACCACUAACGCUUUCAGAGCUCCAGAGGGCGUUGCCCAUCAAGGCCGCGCUCGGGGAGAGGGCCUUUCGCAACGGAAGGGUCCAGCAGUGGAUCGUUAAAUGA